CUCGGGGCUUCUUCAGCGGGUCAGGAGCGGGAUAAUGCCGACCGGAGAACUAUGAAGAUAUACGUCGAUGGUGUAUUUGACGGCUUCCAUGCAGGCCACGCUCUGCAGUUACGCCAAGCAAAGCUAUCGUUCCCCUCCGUCCAUCUGAUAGUCGGAGUUUUCGGGGACGAGCUCUGUCACCAGUAUGACUACCCUGUGACACUGCCGCAUUUGGAGAGAUAUGAGGUUAUACGGCACUGUCGCUGGGUAGACGAAGUCCUGGAGGACGCGCCAUGGACUGUGAGCGAGGACUUUCUUCGCGAGCACAGGAUAGACUUUGUUGCCUUGGACGAAGGGACGUCGAUUGAUCCAGACGUGGAUAGGACCCGGUUACAGGGAUACGAUAGGUUGAAGAGUCUCGGCAGGAUCAUACCGACGAGGAGGACGGCCGGAUUGACAGAAGGUGCACGGUUCGUUCCAACCGCGCCAGCUCGACCUUCUCCUGUCGUUCCCAGAGCGGAGAUAAAAGAGGAAGAGCCCAUCCCAGAGCCUAUUGAUAUAUAUGGUAUCGGAAUCUAGCGUAACUUCCGUUUGUGCAGUCGACUCCUUCAUGACAUUGGUAGGCCAAGUCAUGGACUCGGACUCCG